AUUUUAGUUUUCAUUUCUUCUCAUCUUUCUCUCUCAAAUAAUUUCAAUCUCAAUAUUUCUCAAAUGUAGCAAAAAGAAAUCCAAACCCUAAAAGUUCUCUUUUUCUCUCUCUCUUACUCUUUCAUUUUCUCGCAAAGGUAAACUGGGUCGAGCUAAUAGAAAAAGAUGAGCAAAGAACAAGCGCCUGAGCCACUCGAUUUCUUCAUUUGGACUGUUGAGGAUGUCGGGAUGUGGUUGGAAGAGAUAAAUCUCGGUAGCUAUCGUCUGAUUUUCAAAGAAAACGGUGUCAAUGGGGAAUACCUAGAAGGCAUGUCUAUGUUUACAACUGAACAGAUUCUUCGGUUUAUAAGACGAUGCCAUAUGAAAUGGGGAGACUUCAUCACUCUAUGCAAGGAACUUAGACGAAUAAAAGUGGCUUGUCUAAAGGGAGAGCAAAAAGUUCGCAGGCCGUGGUGGGCACCUUCAUGCCUUUCGUUAGUCUUUCUCAAGGUGGCAAAACGGAACAGACAAUCGCGCGUUGUUUCCUUGAAGCUCGAACCGUGAUGCUAUGUAUGUAUAAUGUAGCUUUUUUUUUUUCCUAUUGUUCAGGGAGCAAAAAUUCAGGGGAAAAAUGCCGAACUGUUUUUUUUAAGUUGUUGAUAGUUCUUCCUUCAAGAACUCUGUUAAGCAUACAAAGCUUUCCCUAAAUAUAUAUUUGUUAUAUGUUUGAUUUUAUAAUUGUAUCACCACUCUCGUUUUGUGAA